GCUGGCCGCCGCAGCUCUGAGGUUGGGCCCUCCCCCGGGGUGAUUUCAGCGCUGAAGGUGGAAAUGCGGAAGUUUCCAGCUGCGACUGACAGAUGAGGCUCGCGUCCCGCUCGGCACGUGCUGCUGCAGCCCUGCGGCGCACCGGGCCCCCGCUGGGCGCCUCAAGAGACCCUAGAGGCCGAAGAGCCGCCGGCGCGCCAUGGCCACGCUGCCGAGCGCAGAGCGCCGCGCGUUCGCGCUCAAGAUCAACAGGUAUUCUUCUGCGGAAAUAAGGAAACAGUUUACCCUCCCACCAAACCUUGGCCAGUACCAUCGACAAAGCAUAAGUACCUCUGGCUUCCCCUCUCUUCAACUACCUCAGUUUUAUGACCCGGUGGAGCCAGUGGACUUUGAAGGACUUCUGAUGACACACCUGAACAGCCUGGAUGUGGAGCUUGCCCAAGAGCUGGGAGACUUCUCCGAAGAUGACUUGGACGUGGUGUUCACGCCGAAGGAAUGUCGAACUUUGCAGCCCUCUUUGCCGGAGGAAGGGGUUGAACUGGACCCUCACGUCAGGGACUGCGUUCAGACCUAUAUUCGGGAGUGGCUAAUUGUGAAUCGGAAAAACCAAGGAAGUUCGGAGAUUUGCGGCUUUAAAAAGACUGGAUCCCGAAAAGAUUUUCACAAGACGCUUCAGAAACAGAUGUUUGAGUCAGAAACCUUGGAGUGCAGUGAACCCAGCUCUCAGGCAGGCCCCUGCCACUUGAACGUGCUGUGCGAUGUAUCUGGGAAAGGCCCCAUCACUGCCUGUGACUUUGACCUCCGCAGCCUGCAGCCUGAUUUGCGGCUGAAAAACCUCGUGCAACAAGUGAGUGCCGAGGACUUUGAGAAGCAGAAUGAGGAGGCCCGGAGGACCAAUCGGCAGGCCGAGCUCUUUGCCCUUUACCCGUCAGUGGAUGAGGAGGAUGCUGUGGAAAUACGUCCGGUACCAGACUGUCCUAAGGAACAUCUGGGCAACAGAAUAUUGGUCAAGUUGCUGACCCUGAAGUUUGAGAUUGAAAUUGAGCCUCUGUUUGCCAGCAUUGCCCUCUACGAUGUUAAAGAAAGGAAAAAGAUCUCAGAAAAUUUUCACUGUGACCUGAACUCUGACCAAUUCAAAGGAUUUCUGCGUGCUCACACGCCCUCUGUUGCCACGUCCAGUCAGGCAAGAUCUGCGGUAUUCUCAGUCACCUAUCCAUCCUCGGACAUCUACCUAGUAGUCAAGAUUGAAAAAGUCCUUCAGCAGGGAGAGAUUGGAGACUGUGCAGAACCCUACAUGGUUAUCAAAGAAAGUGAUGGUGGAAAGAGUAAAGAAAAGAUUGAAAAACUAAAACUUCAAGCUGAAUCCUUCUGCCAACGUUUGGGGAAAUACCGGAUGCCCUUUGCCUGGGCUCCCAUAAGCUUAGCAAGUUUCUUCAAUGUCUCUACCCUCGACAGGGAGGUAACUGAUGUGGAGUCCACGGUUGGGAAAGGCUCUGUGAGUGAGCGGAAAACUUUGUCCCAAUCUCGAAGACUUUCUGAAAGAGCCUUCUCCUUGGAGGAAAAUGGGGUUGGAUCCAACUUCAAGACCUUGACCAUUAACAGCUUUUUCAAGCAGGAGGGAGAUCGCCUUAGUGAUGAAGACUUAUUCAAGUUUUUAGCUGACUACAAAAGAUCUUCAUCCCUACAGAGAAGAGUCAAGUCAGUUCCAGGCUUGCUCAAACUGGAGAUUUCUCUGGCUCCAGAGAUGACCAGUUGCUGUCUGACUCCUGAAAUGCUGCCAGUGAGACCCUUUCCUGAAAACCGGGGACGCCCACACAAAGAGAUUUUGGAAUUUCCAAUCCGAGAAGUGUAUGUCCCUCAUACUGUGUACAGAAACCUUCUCUAUGUCUACCCACAGAGGCUGAACUUUGCUAACAAACUAGCAUCUGCCCGGAACAUCACAAUCAAGAUCCAGUUUAUGUGUGGAGAGGAUGCCAGCAAUGCUAUGCCGGUCAUCUUUGGAAGAUCCAAUGGGCCUGAAUUUCUGCAGGAAGUUUACACGGCUGUGACAUACCACAACAAGUCUCCUGACUUCUAUGAAGAAGUGAAAAUUAAGCUCCCUGCUAAGCUCACAGUAAAUCACCACCUCCUGUUCACCUUCUACCAUAUCAGCUGUCAGCAGAAGCAAGGAAACUCCGUAGAAACUCUCCUGGGAUAUUCAUGGCUGCCAAUUCUCUUAAACGAACGUCUUCAAACUGGCUCCUACUGUCUCCCAGUUGCCUUGGAGAAGCUGCCACCCAACUACUCUAUGCAUUCUGCAGAGAAAGUCCCUUUGCAGAAUCCUCCCAUUAAAUGGGCUGAAGGACAUAAGGGAGUAUUCAAUAUUGAAGUGCAAGCUGUUUCUUCUGUUCACACCCAGGACAACCACCUGGAGAAGUUCUUCACCCUCUGCCAUUCCCUGGAAAGCCAGGUGACCUUCCCCAUCCGCGUGCUGGACCAGAAGAUCAGUGAAGCGGCUCUGGAGCAUGAGCUGAAGCUCAGCAUCAUUUGCCUCAACUCCUCCCGCCUGGAGCCCCUUGUGCUCUUCCUGCACCUGGUGCUGGACAAGCUCUUCCAGCUGUUCGUGCAGCCCAUGGUCAUCGCUGGCCAGACAGCCAACUUCUCCCAGUUUGCCUUCGAGUCUGUGGUGGUCACCGCCAACAGUCUGCACAACAGCAAGGGCCUGGGCAAGGACCAGCAUGGGAGGAACUGCCUGCUGGCCUCCUAUGUGCACUACGUCUUCCGCCUGCCCGAGCCGCAGAGGGACGUACCCAAGUCAGGCAGCCCCACUUCCUUCCCAGACCCUCGCUACCACACAUACGGACGCACGUCUGCUGCCGCUGUGAGUUCAAAGCUGAUGCAGGCCCGAGUGAUGAGCAGCAGUAACCCAGACCUCGUGGGGACACACUCUGCAGCAGACGAGGAGGUUAAGAACAUCAUGUCUUCAAAGAUGACUGAUCGUAGCUGCAUCCGGAUGUCUUACUAUUGCUCUGGCAAUAAUGAUGCUCCAAGUUCAACAACAACCCCAAGGCCAGUCAGCAAAAAGCAUUUCCACGAGGAGCUUGCCCUGCAGAUGGUGGUCAGCACUGGAAUGGUGAAAGAAACAGUCUUCAAGUACUCCUGGUUCUUCUUUGAGCUUCUGGUGAAAAGCAUGGCCCAGUAUGUACACAACAUGGACAAACGGGACAAUUUUCGGAGGACUCGUUUUUCCGACCGUUUCAAAGAUGACAUAACUACUAUUGUUAAUGUGGUCACCUCGGAGAUUGCAGCCCUUUUAGUAAAACCUCAGAGGGAAAUUGAACAGGCGGAAAAGAUCAACAUCAGCCUGGCUUUCUUCUUGUAUGACCUCCUCUCACUCAUGGAUCGUGGCUUUGUGUUUAACCUCAUCAAACAUUAUUGCAACCAGCUGUCAGCCAAGCUCAACAACCUUCCAAUGCUCAUUUCCAUGAGGCUAGAGUUCCUGAGAAUUCUCUGCAGCCACGAACAUUACCUCAAUCUGAACCUCUUCUUUAUGAAUACUGAUACUGCUCCAGCGUCUCCCUGUCCCUCCAUAUCUUCCCAGAACUCCAGCUCCUGCUCCAGUUUCCAGGACCAGAAGAUUGCCAGCAUGUUUGAUCUGACACCAGAGUACCGCCAGCAGCACUUCCUCGCUGGGCUUCUCUUUACCGAGCUGGCCGCUGCCCUGGAUGCCGAAGGGGAAGGGAUCAGCAAAGUGCAAAGGAAAGCUGUCAGUGCCAUCCACAGCCUGCUCAGUUCUCACGACCUGGACCCGCGUUGUGUCAAACCGGAGGUGAAGGUCAAAGUUGCUGCCCUCUACCUGCCUUUGGUUGGUAUCAUUUUGGAUGCUUUGCCUCAGCUCUGUGACUUUACAGCUGCAGAUGCCCGCAGUGGAAAAAAUCGUACCAAUGGCUCAGAUGAAGAGCAAGAAGGGACCAGUGCAAUUAACCAGAAUGUGGCACUAGCCAUAGCUGGGAAUUUUACUUUGAAGACAAGUGGAACAAUGCUGUCUUCCCUGCCCUACAAGCAGUACAACAUGCUGAAUGCCGACACGACGCGAAACCUCAUGAUUUGCUUCCUCUGGAUCAUGAAAAAUGCCGAUCAGAGCCUCCUUAGGAAGUGGAUUGCUGACCUGCCAUCAAUGCAGCUAAACAGGAUUUUAGAUCUCCUUUUCAUCUGUGUCUCAUGUUUUGAAUACAAGGGAAAACAGAGUUCUGACAAAGUCAGUACCCAAGUUCUGCAGAAGUCGAGGGAUGUCAAGGCCAGGCUGGAAGAGGCUUUGCUCCGUGGGGAAGGGGCCAGAGGGGAGAUGAUGCGGCGUUGCCGGGCUCCAGGGAAUGACCGAUUUCCAGGCCUAAAUGAAAAUUUGAGAUGGAGGAAAGAGCAGACACAUUGGCGGCAAGCUAAUGAGAAGCUAGAUAAAACAAAAGCAGAGUUAGAUCAAGAAGCCUUGAUCAGUGGCAAUCUAGCUACCGAAGCAAAUUUAAUCAUCCUGGAUAUGCAGGAAAACAUUAUCCAGGCAAGCUCGGCUCUGGACUGUAAAGACAACCUGCUGGGAGGCGUGCUAAGGGUCCUGGUGAAUUCUCUGAGCUGUGAUCAGAGCACCACCUACCUGACUCACUGCUUUGCGACACUCCGUGCUCUCAUUGCCAAGUUCGGCGACUUGCUGUUUGAGGAGGAAGUGGAUCAGUGCGCGGACCUGUGUCAGCGAGUGCUGCAUCACUGCGGCAGCAGCAUGGACGUCGCCCGGAGCCAAGCCUGCGCCACUCUCUACCUGCUCAUGAGGUUCAGCUUUGGAGCCACCAGCAACUUUGCAAGAGUAAAGAUGCAAGUCACCAUGUCUCUGGCAUCUUUGGUGGGAAAAGCACCAGACUUUAAUGAGGAGUACCUGAGAAGAUCCUUGAGGACAAUUUUGGCCUAUGCGGAAGAGGACACAGACAUGCAGACCACUCCUUUCCCCAUGCAGGUGGAAGAACUUCUCUGCAAUCUGAAUAGCAUCUUAUAUGACACAGUGAAAAUGAGGGAAUUUCAGGAAGAUCCUGAGAUGCUUAUGGAUCUCAUGUACAGAAUUGCCAAGAGUUACCAGACAUCUCCUGACCUGCGGCUGACCUGGCUCCAGAACAUGGCGGAGAAGCACACCAAGGGGAAGUGCUACACAGAAGCUGCCAUGUGCCUGGUGCACGCAGCUGCCCUAGUGGCUGAAUAUCUGAGCAUGUUGGAGGACCACAGCUACCUGCCCGUGGGCAGCGUCAGCUUUCAGAAUAUUUCUUCCAACGUGCUGGAGGAGUCUGCGGUCUCUGAUGACACCCUGUCACCGGACGAGGACGGGGUGUGCUCCGGCCGGUACUUCACCGAGAGCGGCCUGGUGGGCCUCCUGGAGCAGGCGGCCGAGCUCUUCAGCACGGGAGGACUGUACGAGACGGUCAAUGAGGUCUACAAGCUGGUCAUCCCCAUCCUGGAAGCUCAUCGAGACUUCCGGAAGCUGACCUCCACCCACGAAAAGCUGCAGAAGGCCUUUGACAGCAUCAUUAGCAAGGGUCAUAAGAGAAUGUUUGGAACCUACUUUCGAGUUGGUUUCUACGGAUCCAGAUUUGGGGACUUGGAUGAGAAGGAAUUCGUUUACAAAGAGCCUGCAAUUACCAAGCUUCCUGAGAUCUCUCAUAGACUAGAGGGAUUUUAUAGUCAAUGUUUUGGUGCAGAAUUUGUGGAAGUGAUAAAAGACUCUGCUCCUGUGGACAAAACCAAGUUGGACCCUAACAAGGCCUACAUACAGAUCACUUUUGUGGAGCCCUACUUUGACGAGUAUGAGAUGAAAGACAGGCUAACCUACUUUGAGAAGAAUUUCGAUCUGCGGAGGUUUAUGUACACCACCCCCUUCACCCUGGAGGGCCGGCCUCGGGGAGAACUGCACGAGCAGUACCGGAGGAACACUGUCCUGACCACCAUGCACGCCUUCCCCUACAUCAAGACCAGGAUCAGCGUCAUCCAGAAGGAGGAGUUUGUUUUGACACCAAUUGAAGUUGCCAUCGAAGAUAUGAAGAAGAAGACCCUGCAGUUAGCAGUUGCCAUUAACCAGGAGCCUCCUGAUGCCAAGAUGCUUCAGAUGGUGCUGCAAGGCUCCGUCGGAGCUACUGUCAAUCAGGGACCACUGGAAGUAGCCCAAGUAUUUUUGGCUGAAAUUCCAGCUGACCCAAAACUCUAUCGACAUCACAACAAGUUGAGAUUAUGCUUUAAAGAAUUCAUAAUGCGAUGCGGUGAAGCCGUAGAGAAAAACAAGCGUCUCAUCACAGCAGACCAGAGAGAGUACCAGAUGGAACUCAAAAAGAACUACAACAAGCUGAGAGAGAACCUCAGGCCAAUGAUAGAGCGGAAAAUUCCAGAACUCUACAAGCCGAUAUUCAGAGUUGACAGUCAUAAGAGAGACUCCUUCCACAGAUCUAGUUUCAGGAAAUGUGAAACCCAGUUGUCACAGGGCAGCUAAGAAAAGCUAUCUUCACGCAUGAAGACUGGAGGCCCUGUGACCCUGGAGAAGGACCCGCUGGAACUUAAAACAGGACAUUUGCCGCACAGGACAUGCCACAUGCUCCCUGGCCAGACAGCACUCUGGAAGCUUUGGGAUCCAAGUGACCAUGGGAAUUACACCCAAAUGGGGUCUGAGCAGAUCUGGGGCAUUUGGGGGAUGGAGGUGGUGGAGGAUGGUUAAUCAGGGGUGCCUGUAUAUUUAUUAAGCCAUGUUUUUUCACAUAAUUGUGCAAAACAAAGCAUAAACAGCAUCUCCUGCUGAGUGGUCAGGAACUGAUGACUUCCUCCCGCCUGUAUUUGAAUUUAACCUGAAUUUAGAUAAACCCAAAUUGCCCAAGGGAAAAUGGACAAGUUGUCCACCAACUAUUCAGAGUGAACUUCUCUCCUCCCCUCUUUAUGGGAAAGGAAGGUGACCUUGCUGGAGUACAAAACAUUUCCAAUAAAACUGUGAGGAGAGGCCUUACUAGAAAUCCGAAGAUCCUGAAGGCUGGAAAUGUGGGGAUCAAUUAAUUAUUUGUGAACUUGUUACCCUUUUGGUAACGGUGGACUAAUUGUUGUAUAGUUAUUUUUGCUUUAUUGUUCUGUUAGGUGGUUAAUUUAACAUGCAUUUAUAGAGGAGCACACUCGAAGCACUGAGUUAGGAGAUAAUGGUACUCUGAGUGACCUGCCCAAAGUUGCAGAUGCUGCAGUUACUUAAAUUGAAACAAUUCUCCUCCAAAGCUUUGCGUUUUUUCUUAUGCUCGCUCCUGCUUGCUCUUUUUCUCAUCCUCUCUGGGACCAAGUUUAUUUUUAUAAAAGGGUAAUAUUUCUACUUUCAUUUCUGAACAUUGUGCAUGUGUACAUCAACUAAAGAAUAUAUUCAGGAUUCUUUGGACAGUGUACUUUAGGAGAAAGAGGAACAAAGUUAUUAUUUGAGAAUUAAAUUAUAUAUUUUUUAAUAUGAAUGAUUACCUUGACUGGUACUAAAAAUGUAAUAAGAAUUGCAAGCAAAAUGUUUCCCUUUGCAACUCGUGUUUUUUAUUUCGACAACUCAUGACUUUUGUAAAGCAUUUCAGAGAAGAAGAAAGAUGCAUGAUCAUGGCCUUGGUCAAACAGUGCUAUCCAGGGUCACCCCUCGUAUAUAAUAUUUAAUCUUGGUGGUCAUGAGAGAGAAUUUAAUUUGGAUAUCCAAGAACUUUUUGCUUACACCAUCAGGUAUGCAUGAACUUAUAUUCUGAAAGAGGACUGUUUUGUUUUUAAAUUACUAAAGCUUACUAGUUUAAGGGGCAAACUUUUUGUUUUUUAGGCAUUUGGGGCAGAACUCUUUCUAAAGUAUAUGAUAUGUUUGUUUUCUUAAAUGAGUACGCAUGACAUAUUUUAAUUCCAUGUGUUGUUAAGUAUCUUCUGUGUGGGAGACACUGGGUGAGACCAAGGUCAAACCACAUUGUCACUGCCCUCCAAAGCCUCUUAGUUUAGUGAGGAAGAGCAUCUGUAUGGCUGUAGCCGUAAUACACAGCAGACUAGAGCAGGCCCUGUGGAAGGUAACCUUUCCUGAGUGACUCCAGGGUGGCCAUUAUUAUCAACACCUAUUAUAUUUUGCCCUCAAACAAUAAGCCUUAGGUGGUAAGUAAGGUAGGCCUGGCUUUGAACUCUAAAAGCCCUAAUAAUCCUAUGACCUAAAAUAUUCUGGAUUAAAUGUCCCCUGCUUUUAGAUACGUGUUGUCACUUUUGAUUUCAGUCUCUCUUAUACCGCAGUGGGUACCACUUGCUUCACAAGUGCAAGGGCUGUGUCCACUGUUGCAUUUCUAUCCCCUAGCCCAGAACUCAACACACAGAAGACAUUUAAUAAGCAUAAGCUGAAUAAUUAAAUGAAUGAAUGAGUGUGAAUAGGCCUGCUUCUAGACCAGCACUGUGCAGUAGAAAUAUAAUACAAGCCACAUAUGUCACUUUAAAUUUUCUAGUAGACACAUUAAAGAAAAUCGGGAA